AUGCACGCCGCAAUCAAUAUUUCAAUAUUGGGUGCUGCGUCCACCAUGAGCUGCACAUGCCUUCGAGCCGCAUUGCAAGGACAGCGAUUCCGCCGCCAUUGUCACCAGCCCCGAUUUCAGUACUCGGAGGCUUCAGUCCCUGAUUCCCUCACGAGUUUUUCCGUCCCCUUCGCCUCCGCCUCCGCCUCCGCCCUGGCGUCGUCCCCGACCGUGCACACCCAGGAGGCGCGCGUGCGCGUGAAGCACUACGCGCUCGGCACCUCCUUCACGGUCCUCCUCUUCCUCGGGCGCAUCCCGGACGAGCCGAGCGCGUGUGCGCGGGAUGUGUCGAGCGCCAGCAAGCGGGUCGUCUCCGGCACGGUGCACCUCAACGACGCUCCCGUGCGAAGCGGAAGGGUGCGCUCGUUUGAGUCGGGGGAGGUGCUCUCGGUACUCCGAGAGGGGCUGCAGUGGUGGGUUUGGGGCGAUGGUCCUCCAGUUCCCCCGUCGGCGGUUGAUGAGCUGACCGCUGAGGUGGUGGCGACACCGCCAGCCGGAAGGUCCCCGACCAAUCGCGCAAGUGUCGGAAGCAGAGUACGGGAGAUAACGUCUGGAAGUUUGACGUUUGCCAUGCUGAGGAGUAUGUCAACACGAGCCUCCAACCAAUCCCUCGGAGCAGAAAGUGCUCACCGGCUUCUUGCCGUGCUUCAUGACCUCCUUACCGCGCUCACAAAGAGAUUGCCCCUCUGCGAAAGAGACGACGUACAGGUGCCCAUUCUUCACGUCUCUCCCGGCCUUGACGAUCUCCCGCCAGAAGGCCUCCGAGACCUGGUGAUCACUGUGGCCGUGCUUCCUCAGGUGUCGCAGAAAGGCGUCCCGGCGAGAGAACACCGUCCAGCACCCGUGCACCAUCCAUCGACCGUGCUGGGGAUGAUAGUACGCCCGAUGUUCCGGGAGAGGGGAGAGAGCGCCUGGAGGGAGGGGGACGCCGAGGCAGGCGAAGCUUCCGCGGUGCUCCUUGAGGUGAAUGCCGAAGUGCCGGCGGAGCUCCGUGACGCGAGUGAACGACGAUCGGAAGGCGGAGAAAGGGAGGGCGCACGGUUGGGAGUGGGGAGGGGAUUUGCAGAAUUCAGCAUAAGAUGGGAAGAGUUGAAUGGAGCAGUACUGGGUGAUACUGGUCAUGAGGGUAAAGGUAAGAUGGAGGAGGAGGAAGAGAAGGGCAUGAGGAAGAGGACAGUGUGUAGAUGGGAGCGUAAGGAGACGGCAAAUCGGAAGGAAGGCUGGAAACGCAGGGUAUUCCGGAAGGCGAGAGAUGGAAGGGUGACGGGGUACGAAGACCGAUGUAAGGGAGAGUCGAAGCAGAUCCCAACAAAGACGGUGUCGACAGAGCAGAUUCUGCUGGGGAACCUGUUUCGGACAGUAUGGGCGUCGGUUGCAGGGGGAAGCCUAGUGUCCUUGUGGUUAGCAGUAAGAGUAUAA